CUGAAUUGUAUUUGUGUAAAAACAAAAUCAAUAAACAAAUAUAAAAGGAAAUAACAAAAAUAAAAAAUCUACAAGGUUAAUCUUGUAUGUAGAUGUCCUGAUAAAUUCGAUACAGGGAAGAAAUGGCCCAGUCAACACAAAUACCGCAAUCACCCUCUGCAAAGGGGAAUAAUGGCGUCGCAACAGAAAAUGUGACACCUGAAAGUGAAUUUGAAGGAUUUCACAACUACACAGCUGCAGAAGUAUUCAUCCAAGGGCUGGCAGGCUUAGUCAAUCAAGGGGAUGUGGAAACCAUGAUACGUGCACAAAAGCAAAUGCUACAGCGUUUUGAAAAAACUAAUGAGAUGAUGUUAAACUGUAAUCAAUUGUCACAAAGUCGGUUAAAAAAUGCAAAUGAUGAUUUCAAAAAGCAUGUAAAAUUGUUAACAGAAAUGAAGAAGGAUCUUGAUUACAUUUUCCGUAAAGUGCGAUCCAUUAAACAGAAAUUAAGUCAGCAGUAUCCACUAGCUUACGCUGAAGCCCAACCUCAAAGAAACAGCUUAGCUGAAGAGGCGGAAGAUGAUUCAGAAGCGGCGCGUUCAAGAUCGGUAGAAGAGCAAAGAAACGGAGAAAAUACUCUCAUUACAGCUGACACAAUUGGGAAAAAGAAUGCAGAAACUUUAAAGAAAAGUACGACAGUCGAAUAUGUCCAAAUGGAAGAGGCAGUUGACAAUGGCAAACCAAUUGAGAAUGAGCUUAUUAAACGAGUUUGUUCAAUUGAAACAACAAAUCCAAAUGAUUCUUCAGACUGCACAUCUGAGGAUACAGGAUAGACCAUAUUAAAUUCCAAUAGUUUUUAUUAUUCAUAUAAUAUCUUCAAAUUUAACUUAUGAAAUCCACAUUCACACAUAGAGUUAAUAUACAUAUUUAGUUAAAAUAUUA